AUGGCGAAAGGAGACGCAUUGCUUCAACUUUCGCGAAGGAGAGUGCAGAAUCACACUAAAGGAUUUCACCAUCCUAACCCAUUUGCCCAACAACGGCAAUGUAGUGUGUGUGAGCGAUGUUGCACCACCGGAUGUUGGCGGGAUGACUGGUUGGCAGCAUUGGAUCAACAACGCUUUGGGGUUGCGAGUGCCAGUCAAGAGAAGAGUUGA